AUGCCUCUUUCUAGCACAUCGGACAACAGCCCUACACCCAAUCCGGGUAUGGGAGACACUCAAGAUGAAGACACCAUGAAUGAUUCACUGAAAAAGCAUCAAAAGAAGAACCAAAUGGCAUCGACCAAGUUGAAAGAUACGUCGGACGGUGCUCUCACCAAACAACGGUUCAUGAUUGACAAGAUCAAGAAAGAUAAUGAUCUUCUCCGAGAAACUAUUGCAAAUUUGACGAGACAUAUCAAUACCAGUGAGAGUGUGGCAAUCGGAAAGAAAAUUAACAAAUUAAAUGAUAUUAUUUAUAAUAUUACUUUGAAAAUUCAAGAGGAGAAGAGAAAGGUCGAAAAUUUGGAGGAACACUUUAAAGAUAUUUCCAACCGAAUAGAAGAAGCCAGAAUUGAGAGGUCAGGAGUCAAUGUUUCUAAAGAAAGUAAUAGACUUGUCGAGAAGCAAAUCAAAGUUUUGGAGAAUAGACUCGAUAAAGCGCUUGUAAAAUUCAACGAGGCACUUACAUCUAACAAGGUUUUGAGAGAUCAAAUAGAAAAUUUGAGAAAGGAAAGAGUUGUGUUUGAUACAAUAUACAAGAAGAUGGAAAAAGAGUUGCAAGACAAGAAGAAAGAAAUGGCUAAAAUAAUUGAGUUGUCGAACGCUGCCUAUGAAGAAAGAGGUCAAGCACUCGAAGAGCAAAAAAAUGUCAAGCGGCAACACCAAGCAGAGCUUGAAAAGAUUGAAGAAGAGCGUGAGCAACUCGAUCGAUUGUUGAAAGAGGCAGAGAAAGUGACUGAAAAACUGCAACAACGAGAGUUGGAAAGACGUGAAAAAGAAAUUCAAGAAUCGGCCGAGAUGGACCGAAAGAAACUUCUUCGUUCCACGAACUGGUCCUCCGCAGGAAACAAAUCUCGCACGACAGAUGCCAACGAAAAGAGAAAGCAGCUCGAGGAUCGUUUUGCCAAAAUUGAGGAAGCAACUGGUAAAUCCAUUGAUGAGCUCAUUGAUCACUUCUCUCAGUCAGAAGAUCAGAACUUUUCUCUCUUCACUUACGUCAAUGAGUUGAACAGUGAGAUUGAAAAGCUUGAGGAGAAUAUUUCAGAAAUGGAGGAAGAAAUUAAGAAGUUUAAAGGAGAAGGUGUCAAUUCAGAAUCUCAACGAAAGAAGGUUCUCUCAGAAAUUCAAGACAAGAUUAACGAGACCAACAGCAAGACUGAUCUGUACCAACGAAAAUAUGAAAAUUCCCUAAAGACACUUGAAAUUAUUUCUAGAGGCAUUGAGACAAUUUUCAACAAGCUCAAAUGCGAUCCAACCUCAAUUUCAGACAUGCUAGGAACUACUGGUGUGACAGAAUCCAACAU